AAAAAAUUAAAAAAUUCAGACGGAAUCGAAUGGCUAAAGCGUGGCUGCAGCCAAUCAAAUGCAAUGCGCUGCAAAGCCCGAAGAGUAAUUUGCGUACAAACGAAAAGCUGAGCAACAACAACUGAAUAAUUUGAUGAAUAGAAGGAAAGAAAACUCAACCGUUACUUUCUUCUUCUUCUUCGAUAUUUCCCUACAUUGAUCCCUUAGAGGAAGAUUAUCCCGUUAAUUGAUUCGUCUUCCUUCCUUUCUAAUUUCGUAAUUAGUAAAAAUGGGGGAUACCAAAAGAAAAAGAGGCCGAAAACCCAAAAACCCUACCCCCUCCCAACCCUUACAAUCGCCUCCUUCCUCUCCUUUGGACGAUGUCUUCUCUCUCAGUAACAUCGAAAUCAUCCCUUCCACCUCCUCCGCCGUCGAAAUCACUACCACCGCUUCCCGUCCUCGUGGUCGCCCUAAGAAACUCCCCAAACUCCCCGAUAACCCCGACCCUCUUCCCCCUCCUCCAAUCCUAUCUCCUUGCCGCCAUGUUUCCAACGGCACCGCCAUUGGACUUGGAGGAGGAAGUGGAGGAGGGGAGUUGGCCGUGGAUCCUAUUGGUGCUCGAGUGGUGCCGGCAAUGGAUGCAGUGGUGAAGGUGUUUUGCGUUCACACGGAACCCAACUUCUCGUUGCCUUGGCAGAGAAAAAGACAGUAUAGUUCCAGCAGUAGUGGGUUCGUGAUCAGCGGGAGAAGGGUUUUAACAAAUGCUCAUUCAGUCGAACAUUACACUCAAGUUAAAGUUAAGAAACGUGGGUCUGAUACUAAGUACUUGGCUACUGUCCUUUCUAUUGGAACCGAAUGUGAUAUUGCAAUGCUUACAGUUAACAAUGAUGAGUUCUGGGAAGGUGUGUCACCAGUGGAAUUUGGAGAAUUACCUGCUCUUCAAGAUGCUGUAACUGUUGUUGGUUACCCCAUUGGGGGAGAUACGAUUUCUGUAACAAGCGGAGUUGUAUCACGUAUAGAAAUCUUGUCUUAUGUACACGGGUCAACAGAGCUCCUUGGCUUGCAGAUAGAUGCUGCUAUAAACUCUGGGAACUCUGGUGGGCCUGCCUUCAAUGAUAAAGGCAAUUGCGUGGGAAUCGCAUUUCAGUCUCUCAAACAUGAAGAUGCAGAAAAUAUAGGGUAUGUAAUACCAACACCAGUCAUCCAGCAUUUUAUCCAAGACUAUGAGAAGAAUGAAGCCUAUACUGGAUUCCCUAUUUUGGGGAUUGAGUGGCAAAAAAUGGAAAACCCUGAUUUGCGUAAAGCAAUGGGCAUGAAACCUGAACAGAAAGGUGUUCGAAUCAGAAGAGUUGAUCCCACUGCUCCAGAAUCUGGGGUUUUGAAGUCAUCAGAUAUUGUGCUCAGCUUUGAUGGGGUUGAUAUUGCCAAUGAUGGAACAGUUCCUUUUAGGCAUGGAGAACGCAUAGGUUUUAGUUACCUAGUGUCACAAAAAUAUGCUGGGGAUAGUUCAGCUAUUAAAGUUCUACGUAGUUCUGCGAUUCUCAAUUUCAACAUCAAACUUACAUCACAUAGAAGGCUUAUUCCAGCACACAAUAAGGGCAGGCCUCCUUCAUAUUAUAUAAUUGCAGGAUUUGUGUUUACAACUGUAUCUGUUCCAUAUUUACGUUCUGAGUAUGGGAAGGAUUAUGAAUAUGAAGCUCCAGUGAAGCUAUUGGACAAACUCUUGCAUUCAAUGCCGCAGUCACCCGAUGAACAGCUUGUUGUGGUGUCUCAGGUUCUUGUAUCUGAUAUCAAUAUUGGAUAUGAGGACAUUGUUAACACUCAGGUCCUUGCUCUUAAUGGUAAGCCAGUGAAGAAUUUAAGGAGAUUGGCUGAGAUGGUAGAGAACUGUGAUGAUGAGUUUCUGAAAUUUGACUUAGAAUAUGAACAGAUAGUAGUGCUUAGAACAAAGACAGCAAAAGCAGCUACUCCGGACAUUCUUGCAACCCACUGUAUACCAUCAGCAAUGUCUGUUGAUCUGAAGGCAUGAUAACCAGGGACUUACAUUUUGUAGACAGUUAAAUUAUAUUACAUAAUCAUUACUUUUCAAAAAAAUUUAAUAUAAAAA